AUGGAAGAAUCUCUUGAUGGCCGAGGCGAGGGCCACAGCGCAGCCGGCUUCGACUCGGCGGCCAUUUUGAACGAUGACGUAUCUCCGACCACGAGCUUCUGCUAUAAUAUACCCAAUUUGUUUAAUAGCUUAGGUUCAGGAUCCUUAUGUGAACGUCCGGAAACUGAAGUAAGCGAGAACUAUUCAACGCAAGAACCGGCUGAAGAGGAACCUCAUCAGUUUGAAGAUGAUGAAGAGUAUUCACCAAACUCCGGUUCAAAAGGUGGUGACAUACCGAAGAGAAAACAGCGGAGAUACAGAACAACAUUUUCAAACGUGCAAUUGGAACAACUAGAGGCGGCCUUCCACAAGACGCACUACCCCGACGUAUUCUUCAGAGAAGAACUCGCGAUGAGAAUAGAUCUGACUGAAGCUAGAGUACAGGUCUGGUUCCAAAACCGUCGAGCUAAGUGGCGAAAACAGCAAAAGUCGGGGUGUGAACCAUACCCGCCACGUUCCACCAGGUCUCCAGAACAACGUUCUCCAUCAUCACUGGCUUUGGAGAUGAGGGACUUCAUAACUAUACCUGUGUCUUCGCCACAAAUCAUCAACAUGGCUGAAGCAUCACAUCAAAGCAACUACAUCAAGAACAAGCAGUCCACACCUGCAAUUCACAUCUCUGCUUUACCAACGAGACAAAACCAACAAAUAGAUCUACCCUCCUUCUCAAUUCCCUUACAGUACAACCUAGGUAGCUUUAAGAAAGUUGACGAAGACGUCCACCUGGAUCUGGAGUCGCAAGAACCGCCACUAAACCCAUGGGACACCAGAAUGAUGCCAAAUUUUAAUCUUAUGCAUAUAAAACCAUUAUUGGAGAACCGUGACACAGACAUAUCCGAUGUCAAAUACGAAGUGAAGAAUGAAAACGUUGCUCGGGCGAACUAUAAUGAUAUUCAAAUUAAUCGUGGGAUCGAAUCUGAUGAUAUACUUGGCAAGGAGACAGUGAAUGAAGGUCAAACGAUAUCACCAGACUUUGAAAUCGAAAGGUACCAAUACAAUGAGAGCGAUAAGAGAUUCAGAGAACCAUACGAAGAGGCUAUAAUGGAAGAUGGUAGGAAUGACUUCGUCUGUGACAGCGAUUUCUUAUGCAAGAAUAAUUUUGAAAAAAUCGAUGAAAAGCGCAACGAAUUUGAAGAUUGUCAUUUAUUGGAUGGUGAGAGUAACGUUUCCGUUGGUAUAAGUAAUUUUGAAUAG